AUGUCCUCCGCCGGGGGCGAAACCGAGGAGACGGCGCGCGGCUCGCCGCUGACGCCGCUGAAGUUCGUGGGGCUGGUGUGCGUCUUCCUGGCGCUCUGCCUGGACGUGGGCGCCGUGAUGAGCCCCGCGUGGGUGACGGCGGACGACCAGUACUACCUGUCCCUAUGGGAGGCCUGCUGGAAACCGGCAAGCACCGACAGCUGGCAGUGCACCAGCACGCUGGAUUCAGACUGGCAGGUUGCUACGCUGGCCCUCUUGCUAGGGGGAGGCGCCCUGGUGCUGAUGUCAUUCCUGGUGGCGCUGGUGGCCGUGUGUAUCGGCACGCAACGGAGGUUCUACGCACCCGUCGCCGUCAUGCUCUUCGCGGCAGUUGUCCUGCAGGCGUGCAGCUUGGUCCUCUACCCCAUCAAGUUCAUCGAGAGCAUCAGCCUGAGGAUCUACCACGAGUUCAACUGGGGCUACGGACUGGCGUGGGGGGGCACCAUCUUCUCCUUCGGUGGCGGCAUCCUUUACUGCCUGAACCCCAAGAACUACGAGGACUACUACUAG